UUCAACGUAGCUGGCAUGAAAAGGCCGGGUGGUGGCGCAUACCUGGAGUGGGACCGAUCCCGAGCAGAAGCCCGAGGGGGGGUUUCCAUAGUGAGGAGUUUCAGAAAUGCAGUCCAGGAGGGUGAGCGAGCGACUUCCUGGUCAGGAGUCAUGAUCGUUUUCACAAGAAAUGUAUUUAAGAAAACACUCUGCAACGUAAACAGCACGGAUUCAGAUGUUUAAAAACAAGGUUAUGUGUGUCUCUAUGAGCUUUCCAAGUAUAUAUCCUCAUUUGAAUCCCCAACUGGACCGCAUGCACAGGAACACAGUAAAAUGAAUUCCGAUGCGGAACACAAUGCUGCGAUUAAGCUUGCCCAGGAAAGAGAUGAAAUAGUAUCCAAAUACGAUAAGGGAAGAGAUGGAGCAACUGUGGAACCCUGGGAGGAUGCCAACUACCAUCUCUAUAAAGUCACAGACAGAUUUGGAUUUUUACAUGCGAAUGAGCUUCCAACGUAUGAUUCAGUGGAAGAGAAGCAAAAACUUCAAGAAGUUGAGAGAACUACAAAAUGGUUGAAAAUGAUGAAGAGCUGGGAUAAAUACAAGAACAGUGAAAAGCUUAUGAGAAGAAUAUAUAAGGGAAUUCCAAUUCAGCUUCGAGGGGAGAUUUGGGGUUUGCUUCUUGAUAUACCAAAAAUUAAAGCCGAGAAGAAGGGUUUUUACGAGAAACUAAAGCAGAGGGCAAGAGUGCUUUCACCAGAUAUCAGGCAGAUUGAUCUAGAUGUGAACCGCACGUACAGGGACCAUAUCAUGUUCAGAGAUAGAUAUGAUGUAAAGCAACAAGCAUUAUUCCAUGUUUUAACUGCAUAUUCCAUGUAUAACACAGAAGUGGGGUAUUGCCAGGGAAUGAGCCAAAUCACAGCUUUGCUGCUCAUCUAUAUGAAUGAAGAGGAUGCCUUCUGGGCCCUUGUGAAACUUCUGUCUGGUCAAAAACAUGUAAUGCACGGGUUUUUUGUUCCUGGAUUUCCAAAGCUCCUGAGGUUUCAAGAACACCACGAAAGGAUUUUGAAGAAGAUGAUGCCUAAACUUAAGCAACACUUGGACAACCAAGAAGUUUUCACCAGCCUUUACACCAUGAAGUGGUUCUUUCAGUGUUUCCUUGAUAGAACUCCCUUUACUCUAACUCUAAGGAUAUGGGAUAUCUACAUACUGGAAGGAGAGAAAAUCCUUACAGCCAUGUCUUACACUAUCCUUAAACUCCACAAAAAGCACCUGAUGAAGCUGUCAAUGGAAGAACUAGUGGAGUUCCUUCAGGAAACACUGUCCAAAGAUUUUUUCUUCGAUGAUGACUUUGUGAUAGAUCAGCUUCAGAACUCCAUGUCAGAGCUAAAACGGUCAAAGUUAGAACUGCCACCACCAGGUAAAGAGGAUGAAAUUCCUAAGAAGCCACUGGGGCAGAUGCCACCAGAGCCACAGCCUGUCGUCUCAAAUCGUAUUGUCAAUGGGCAGAGCAACAGUGCUAAGUCAGAAGUGCACUCUCACAUGAGGAAAAAGUCAUCUCCAGAGAGAGACAAGGAGAAACCUUCCAAUAUCAGAGGGAGAAAGGACUCGCUUGAAAGAUCCACAGCUAAGCAACAAAAAUCUGAUAAACAUGAAGGCCAGGCUCGAGGUUCUUCAGAAGCAGAACUUCAUAAACAACAUGGUGUACCAGCACCUCAGACUUCAGGUCAGGACAGCCCUAGACAGUUUAACAAUGUAGCAGCUAACCAUAACUCGAAUGCUACUUCAAGCACAAGGAAAGACUUUAUACCCAGAUGGAAUAAACCUUCUGAAAUUAAACUUGUGGAAGGAGCUGCAAAGGCUGCUGCUGAUGGUAGAAAUAGGGCUGUGAACUACAACAUUCCAAGGUCACCCAGUCCUGAUGAAGCACAGAUGUUAUUGGUGAGGCCAAAGACUAGAGGUUUGAUUGAUGAAACCAAAAGGGGGUCCAAUGCAUCACAGUAUGAUAAUGUGUCUGGAGCUGAACACGACUUUGAAAGCCGUGUUGAUGGUCUGCUGGAAAGGUCCACUUCAUGCAGUCCAAGAAAUGAGCCCGCUUUUGUCAAUCCUUCACUGAAAUCUGGUAGUCCAACAAAAAUGUUGAACAACGUCAGUGUUGGUGGUCAACAGAGAUCUCACAUGCACACAGUACAGUUUGAUAGGCCAGACCAAAGAUUCCAUGGGAAACCCCCUCCAUCUUAUUCUAUUUCUCCUGGUUAUCAUGGGAACUCUCCAACUCGAGCACAGUACAACUACAGCUUUGAUGUCAGGCCUGACGACAGACAAUAUGGUACCAUGAUUCCCACUCCUGCAGACCUAUCUCCUGAAAAGACACAUAUGAACUCCUACCCUGUUAAUAGCCGUCAGUUUUCCAGCUCUUCCCAGACCAGUCGUAUUAUUGUCACCCCUGCUGACAGAAAUGCACAGUAUGAUUCUGUAAAUUCCAGCAACUAUUUAAGACAGCCUACGAAGUUAGUCGGUGUGCCAGUGUACCCACAAGUGGACUAUAUGCAAGAUAACAGGAAGCGACUGGACCAGGUUUCUGCAUACAGACAGGAGCACCGUGGGCAGCAAUGGAGUCAGGAGGUUGAUGCUGGGUACAUGGGAAAUAUGCCAAGGUCACCAAGCUUUCAAAGGGCACAGAUGGCCCCAGUUCAAGAGUUUAACUAUUCUGCCGCAUCUAUAGAUGCUUCACUUCGAUACAGGACUCCAUACCCAGAACCACCGGCUCCCAGUAGACAGCUGCACCAAACCUCUUUGAAUACACAACACUACAGAUAUCCUACAGAUGGACAUUCAGCACAAGAAUCAGCACUACUGUGAAGAAUCAUUGGAUCCCAGUAUCGUUAUAAAGCAAAGGCAAACAGUACUCAUAGAGGAUUUAUUAUGUUUACAAGCAACAUAACGAUCUGAUAGUUACGUAACACAAACUCUAAGUGUGAGUAAGAUAUUUUAAGUAACUUGAGAUAAUGUUUCAUAGUAAAUUCAUAGUUGGGAACAAGUUUAUCUAAAAUGUGGUUAGAAUUAUAUUGAUGCUUAAACUCUUUUUAUAGAUUCUGGAGAACUAUGCUUUCCUAGUAACAGUAGCAAAAGUUACCUGGAGGCCAACUGCUAAGGUGUUCUGUAACAUUUGUGUUUGUUUUUAAAUUAGCAUUCAGUGUUCUUUUCAUAAAAUGUUUUGUCUUGUGUUCUUGGGUGUAAAUGUCAAACAAAAGGACGCCGUCUAGAUUGAAACUUCUUUAUUCAAAUAUGAAUCUUAUGAGAACUUGGUGCAAAGUAAAAAAAAAAUAUCCAAAAAUCUAAGAGUGAUUUGUAUAUAUAUUGUGUGCGUUUUUGGCAAGAGGGUAUCCUGCUGAGCCAUGAACCAUAUGUGUGGACCAUAUUCAUCACCAAAUGGGUAGACAUGUAAUUCACAUAAGCAUUAAGUUAUCUCAUCCAACUAAUGAUGUUGUCACAUAGAACUCAUUUUGACAAACAUUACAUUUAGCGCAGUUACAUUUAAUAAACAUUGGGCUAGAUUCUCAAAAGCUAUUUACUCCAAAUUGGUUGUGUUUCUCCUUUCUGAAAAACAAAUGUGCUACUGAUGAUUUGGAGUAAAAAAUAAUUUUGAAAAUUUAGCUGAUUGUGUCUUUUACUUUGCAAUGUUAUUUGUUUAAAAAAAAAAAAAAAAAAAAGUACAUUGUCUGAAAAUAUUUUCAACAAUUGUAUGUGCAUUCUUGCUGCUGUUUACUGCUUGUGUAAAUGAUUUAUUGUUUGCCUUUUCUUUAAAUUCUGUUUUACUGUAAGGAAUAUUCAGAUAUGUGCAGAUAUAUUUUAAAAUGUCUCACUUUGUUUUCUUAUUGCUAUUGUAAACCUCACACAUGGAAACACUACAUUGCCCCAUUUUUAUAGAUCUGAAUAUAUUUUAUUUUAACUGAGAGGAAUUCAUUUUCUCCCCACAAUAUCUUUCAUCCAAGAGUGGUAUGUCUUUUAAAUGUAUUUUUAGUCAUUGGGACAGAACAAUUUUAUUUCUUUUUUUUUAAUUUAGUGCAUAUAACUCAGGCUAAUGCCUAAUUCUGUUGGCUGACAUGAUGUAUCACCCACCCAGUGAACAUUAGUUUAAACACGGUGAUGUUCAGGAAGGGUGCCUCUCAGUUUGAAAGAAUGAUAAUAUGGUACAUGGGUGAUUUUUUUUUUUUUUUUUUUUUUUUUU